GAACUGCAGCUUUCGGGUUGGAGACUUUCUGGGGUCAAACCCUCUUCUUUUAACAAUCUCACCCAGCUGGUCCAUUUGGACCUUUCAUCCAAUAAUCUCAGUGGUAAGCUUCCUUCAAUGGUGCGAUGGCGAAGCAUUUUAGACGUAAUACUUUCGAAUAAUAUGCUGACUGGAUCAAUAGCUUCCUCUCUUGGCAACCGAAUGCUUCCAAAUCUUACAAUAAUUGAUCUAACAAAUAACUCACUCACUGGUACGAUUCCUGUGCCGCUGUUUUCUCUGCCAUCUUUACAGAAGUUGCGACUUAGGCAGAACCAGUUUUCGGGUCAUCUGGAAGAGUUGUCAAAUCCUUCUUCCACGUUGUCAUAUGUUGAUUUGAGCAAUAACGAGCCGCAGGGACCAAUUCCAAAGUCAGUCUUUCGGCUCUCAAGGCUAAAAAUUCUCUCUCUUGCAUCAAACAACUUCAGUGGUACGGUGGGGCUGGCCUCGAUCGGGAACUUGAGGAAUCUCUCCUACCUGGAUCUCUCAAAUAAUAUGCUGUCAAUAAUAGAUGGAGCUGAUAAUUCUUCGUGGGUUUCUUUCCCCAAUAUCAGCAUAUUGAGACUGGUAUCUUGCAAUCUGAACAGGCUUCCUGGUUUUUUGAGAUAUCAGAAUGGAGUCAGUAACCUGGACCUCUCGAUGAACAGAAUUGCCCAGGUGGAUAUGGAGUAUUGGGAAGUACAGUUUCGUGUACUUGAAUCUUUCUUUUAACAUGUUUACCAGUGUGGAAGGACCUCCACCUUAUCUUUCCAAUUUCAGUUCAAUGAUCCUUGAUCUUCCAGCCAACAUGCUUCAAGGACCCCUUCCUCUCCCUCCGCCGAACACCAUUGUUUUGGAUUACUCGAACAACUCCUUCACGUCUUCUGUCCCAUCCAAUUUCAGUGCAUAUCUUAGCUUCACCAUCUUCCUUUCACUGUCUAAUAACAGACUCACAGGGGAGAUCCCUCCUUCCAUUUGUACUGCAAGCUAUCUCAAAGUGCUUGAUCUUUCAGACAACAAUUUGAAUGGUUCGAUCUCAUCAUGCCUUUUGGAAGGCAGCAGUCAUUUGGGCAUACUGAAUUUGAGAGGGAACAAGUUUCAUGGAACCCUGCCUCAGAAUUUUAACGAAAAUUGUCCUCUGCGGACAAUAAAUCUCAAUGGUAAUCUGUUGAGCGGGUCGUUGCCUAGAUCCUUGGCCAACUGCAGCAUGCUAGAGGUUCUAGACCUUGGAAACAACCACUUUGUCGACUCCUUCCCAUACUGGCUGGGGAAAAUUUCGACACUUCGCGUCCUUGUUCUGAGAUCCAAUGAAUUCAGUGGCCAUGUUGGACAUCCUCCAGGAAACGAUGGAAGCAAUUACACAUUUGAGAUGCUGCAAAUAUUUGAUCUGUCUUCCAACAACUUCACCGGCAGCUUACCCUCGGAAUGCUUUAAGAAUCUAAAAGACAUGAAGGCUAAUUCAGAUUUUUAUACGGUGGAUUAUAGGUACCUGGAGUGGAGCAAAUCAUCCAACUAUCAGAACAGUAUCACAGUCACAAGCAAAGGGCUGGAGAUGACGCUAGUGAAGAUCCUGACUAUCUUCACAUCCAUUGAUUUCUCAAGUAAUCGCUUCGAAGGUGGCAUCCCGAGGGAGAUUGGGGAACUCAAAUCACUGGUGGUGCUAAACAUGUCGCACAAUGCUCUUACAGGUGAAAUCCCUCCUCAGCUUGGGAACCUGCUCCAGCUCGAGUCUUUGGAUCUCUCUUCAAACCACCUCUCAGGCGAGAUUCCCCAGCGACUUGCUUCUCUCACUUUCCUCUCUUCUUCGAACCUCUCAUACAACAAUUUAUCGGGAAAAAUACCACAGAGUGGUCAGCUCUCUACAUUCACGAACACUUCGUUUAUAGGGAAUAAAGGUUUAUGCGGGAGCCCGCUUUCACAACAAUGUAGUUUUUCAAGUACAGAUUCUCCUUUAGGCUCCAUUGACGGAGCUUCUGGAGAUCAAAUUUGGCAAUCAAAAUCAGAAUAG